AGCUGGUUGCUGUCAAGAUCUUUCGGGCGCAAUUUUCGCCAUGGCCCCGGAAUCUCUGUGUGCACCAGCGGCGACGCACAGGCCCUUGAGGCCAUUGAGCGCUGCCGCUGUGGCACUUGGAGCUCUGGGGUUGUUGGGCCUGUUGGGUCAUGCCUUCUGUGGCGCGGCUCAGCCAAGUAUCCAAGAGAUGCCCGACAUGAAUGGGUGCGUGACCAUGAAUGUCAGGUCCAGAAAUUGGAAUUGUGGCCGGCCAAACAGAGCAUUGAUCAAGGCCAGGCGCAUGAAGAUGCCAUCCAUCAACAACCUGAAGGAUCAGUAUUUCAUCAUCUACGUCCGCUCUCCCAAAGUCAAACAGUGGUGCCCAAUGAAUAUUGUGUCUGGCUCGGAGGCACUGAAGACCUUGAAGGGUGCAACAGACAACCAGGUUGCCAAGACCCUUGGUGCUGACAAGUUUGCAGAGGGUCAGAUCGUCAAAGCUGUCGGCAUGAACUUGUACAAACAGAGGGAUGAGAUCACAGAGCAGGCUAAAGAGAUGCAUAAAGGCUUGAAGUAUUGCAACGAGGUGGAAUUUGGCUACAAGGAAGUCAAGAACAACACCUACUUCAAUGACAAUCCAGGUGAGUUUAUGGACAUGAAUGGCAUCACGGUCAUUCCGCCAGAGGCAGAGCUGAGGAACCUUCUGGAUGACGCCGGAGAGACCAUUGGAGAGGUUUCGAAAGAGGUCUCCAAGGUGGGAGACAACAUCAAAGGCUUCUUUGGUUCGCGCUGAGGCAUACCUGGCGCUCUUCCACCAGCCUGAAUGAGCAUCCGUGCCUUCUCAGUGAAUCUUCACACCUAGCUGCUUCACUAGAUGCUCCACCUGCCUUCUUGACAAAAGACAGUAUGCAGUAUGCUUCUCAAUUUGGUCACUUGCUUGC